AUGUCAUUGGCAGUCUCGGGGUUCAGAGUGGGUUCAGAAUAUCUCACAAGAGAUAAGAGAGAAGUCAAGGAUGCCUUCGAGAAAGAAGAUGCAGAGCUCAGGAAAAAUGCUCCUGGGGAGAGUACAGGUUACAGACAGGUGCCUUUUAGACACCCAAGCUGCGACAUUAACCUGGCAGUUGGGUGCAUGCAGCUGGAAUUCCGUGGGGGAGGCCUGGGCUGGAGAGAAAGCCAGGAGACUGAAGGGCUCCAGCUUGCUGCUGUGCUUGGUAAAGCGGGGUUAGAGGAUCCCUCUUGGGCUGGGGAUGAUGGAACUUCCUCCCCCUUCCCCCGACUCUUUCCAGACACAUCCACUCUAGGACUCAUUUCACAGGGCACAAGUUGCAAGUACUGGUUCUUAGCACCUCAUGGCCUACAUGUUCUUGGUGAGUCCUGGCUUCCCGCUAAAACAAAAGCGCUGGCUAACACUCACGGAACCACUGCAGGCCUUGCAAUUACUUCUCAAGCUCAACUCAAGGAUUGGUCAGAGAAGAGCCUGGAGUCAUCUCCCCUACCUCCCCUCCGACAUGCCAAAAGCCACAGCAAAACCAAAACGAAGACUCUGAGUAGAAUCCAGCCAGCAGUGCAGUCCCAGAGCUCUGGAGAGAUGGCAAACCAAGCAAAGACUCCGCGAGGACCGCGGAGAAGGGAGCAAGGGCACCAUGGGAAGAUGCAGGCCAAGCUCCGGCUGAUGCGGUCGAUGCUUCGAAAUCAGCGGACCUCACUCCAGGAGCUCUACAGCCACGAGAGCUUCCUCAGCAAGCUCAACCAGGAGCUCAUCAAGUCCAUCCAGGACAUGGAGGACAGCAUGGCCGUGAGCGUGCGCGCAAUGCUGCAGCAGCAGGGCAUUCUCGGGAAUGUCAUCGACAUCUUGGAGUACUCAAACAAGAAGCGUGUGCAGCAGCUGAAGUCUGAGCUCCAGGAGUGGAAGGAAAAGGAGGAGAGCAAAACAAACAGCCUGCAGCGGGAGGUGGAACAGCUGAAUGCUGAGAUCCUGAGGGCCCACGAAGAGGUGAGUUUCCUGAGCACCUACAUGGAUCACGAGUAUCCCGUCAGGUCGGUCCAGAUCGCCAAUCACAUGCGCCAGGUGCAGCAGGCAAAGGACAGGCAGCAGGAUGAGCUGGACAACCUUAAGGAGAUGCGUACCAUGGUCCUGGGGUGUUUCUCUGACAUGAUUCAGAAGAAGAAGAAGAAAAUCCUGAGGUCUCUGAUGGUGAAAACCCAGAAACCCUAUGAGGAGGUACUUAAGCUGAAGACGCGGGAUAGCCAGCGCCUGCAGAGGUGCAUGGUCUGGUUCAGAGAGCUAACUGAGCAGCUGAAGAAAGAGAUACCUGUACUAACUGCGGAGGUGGAGAAAGUGUAUGCAGAAAUCUGGAAUCCCCGAGAGGUUGUUUUUAAGGAUGUUCUACUGCAGAGACCAAAGUGCACCCCAGACAUGGCUGUUGAACUCAACAUUCCUGUGCAAGAGCCACUCCCCUUCUAG